ACUACACGGGCCGCACCUGCCGGAACUUUUCUCCCUCCUUCGCCAUCUCGGUUCUUUAUCCAGCAGGCGGCGGCCGCACCUCCUCCUCCUCCUCCUCCUCUCCACUCCGCCGUCCUUUUCUCUCCCCGUCUCCUUGCUCUCGCAGCCGCUCUUCAAUCCCUCUCCUCUCUUCUGCCCUCGCGGAUCCGGAUCUUAGCCCCCUCUUCCUCUCUCCGCACAGCGCGGUGCGGCGGCGGUAGUUGGAUGAACACCCCUGAUAUUACAAGGCGCCUAAAUCAGAAACAGGUAGCUGUUGGUGCACAGAUGCAGGCAGCAGAUAAUCUCGGGGAACAAGUGCUGGGGCCUGUUCUUGUUGCAAGCAAUACUUGUCAAGGUGCCGUGGCUGAUCUAGGUUGGGUCGCCGAAGUGAACCAGUCAGGGGCAGAGCUGCACGUAGAAAAGGAACCUGUUGGCAAACAAGCAAUAGCAGAAGGAGGUCCGCAGCAGACUGGUGAAAAUGAUCAGGAACAAGCAUCAAAUGGCAUUGACACAGCUGCAGAAGGACUUUUGGAAGAUAUUAUAUUGGAUGAACAAUCCAACUUUGGGGAACCUACAAUGCAGCACGCUGAAGCACAAGAUCAGUUACAUGAUGUUACAGAAGUGCAUGAAAUGCCUAGCAACGAUACAAGCAGUGGAAGCGAUUCAGGCAGCAGUUCAGGGAGCGAGUUAGAUACUGAACUGGGGAAAUGCUUUUACCCUAGUUUUGAGGCAUUGGAAAAUUCAAGACCACCAGAAGUUGGAAUGAAAUUUCCGACCCUUGAAGACGCAGAACGAUUCUAUAGCACACAUGCCCUGUUAACUGGUUUUGCAGUAAGGAGGGGAUCAAACUACAGGAGAAAGAAGUUUCAUCUACAAUGCAACCGAAGUGGCAAACUAAAGCCAACCCAGGACUUGCAGAGGAAGAGGAAGCUUAAUGUAUUGGGGUCACAAUGCCAAGCAAAGGUGAUAGUGAAGCUCCACCAGGAGCAAUGGGAGAUCACAGGAGUUAAGCAUGAACACAACCAUCCAUUAUGUCCACGCCGAUCACUCACAAGAUUCUUUCUGGACCACAAAUACUUGUCAAGUGAAGAAAAGUCAUUUCUAGGAGUUCUCCAACAAAGCAGGGUAAAUCCAAGGAAAGCUAUGAAGAUUUUCAGGAGAAUGAGAAGCAACUUCGGAAACACACCAUCAUCAAAAGAGAAAGAUGUGCACAAUCUACAGUGUGUAGAACAAUGGAGAAAAGAAAACUCAGAUGUUGAGACGGCACUGAAGCGUUUCAAAGAACUCGAGCUGCGGAACCUAGGUUUUUCCUAUACGAUGCAGACAGAUGAAGAUACCAUAGUAAGGAGUCUUUUCUGGACUGAUGGGAGGUCGAGGGUCGAUUAUGAGAUUUUUGGAGAUUUUGUAUCGUUUGAUACUACCUAUAGCACUAAUAGGCAUAAUAUGCCUUUCACCCCUAUUAUUGGAAUGAAUAAUCAUGGGCGAACUCUUUUGUUUGGAUGUGCAUUGCUACAAGAUCAGAAAGCUGAAACCUUCAAAUGGAUGAUCCAAACAUUCUUGCAUGUGAUGGGAGGGAAAAUGCCAAGAGCAAUCAUAACAGACCAAAAUGAAGGUAUGACAGAAGCAAUCGCAGAGGUCAUGCCACAAGUAAGGCACAGGUUUUGCAAGUUGAAUGUGAUGCGGAAAGCAGAUGAAAUGCUAGGAGCCUUCAUGGCAGCAAGGGGCGACAUUAGUGCAGAGCUGCACAGCCUAGUAGACAACCCAAUGACACAAAAGGAAUUUGAAGAAGGAUGGUCUGUGCUCAUUGAUAGAUACGACGCAAGUGAAAAUGAGUACCUACGACUCUUGUGGGAAACAAGGAAAAGCUGGGUUCCUGUUUAUUUCCGAGCAGAUUUCUAUCCAUUCGUCGAAUCAGCUGUACAUGGUGAAGGGACAAACUUACUAUUCAGAGACAAUGUGCUUCCUAAGGACAGAAUUGAGAAGUUUAUUGAACAAUAUGAGAGGAUGCAGGAGAACAUAGUAAAAACAGAGGAAGAGGACACGUUGCAAUCAGCAACUGAACCAGCAUACUUCUCCAUGCAGCCAAUAGAAAAGCAUGCAGCACACGUAUACACAAGGCAAAUAUUUCUGAAAGUACAGAAAGAACUGUACUAUUCUACAGCACUCAACGUGCACGAGAUACAAGGGGGAUCAAUGUACAGACUCGAAAAGGUCUCCAACUAUGAGAACCCGGAGUUUGAUAGAAAUUCUUUCGAAGUGCUAGUUGAAGCUGGCACACAUGCAUUCAGAUGCCAAUGUGCAAAGUUUAUUAGGGAUGGGAUUUUGUGUUGCCACAUAUUCAGAGUUUUCACACAACUCGGAGUCAAUGAAAUACCAGCGCAGUACAUAGUGCCCAGAUGGACCCGUAAGUUCAGAGAGGAGCAGCUGAAAGACUACGAGGAAAGAUGCUUGAAGAAAACAGAAAAUAAAAGGAGAUAUGCUAUGUUGUUGCGUAAAAUGGCAGGCAUCGGCAAGGGAAUAUGCGUUGAUGGCGCAAAAUCUAGUUGCUUCAUGCUCGAGUUAGAUAACAUUCAAGAAAAAUUGGCAACUGACGGCAGAAGAAAAUCCCGGAAAUAAUCACAGCUAGACAUUUAGCAUUGUUGACAGGGCAUGUGCAAUAGUAUGAGACAUAGCAGGUUUUGUUACGGUAGCAUGUUUAAUUUAGCCUAAGGUAGAUAUAAGAGUCGAGGAAUGUAGGUAGUCUUGUGCGAGACCUGCUGGUGACGAGGAUUAAAUAUCUCUGACCAUCCAUCA